AUGGAGAUAAAGGGUCUCUUGGUCUGUUUGGCUGCUGCACUCUUGGCAGUAUGCCAUGGUUGUUCUACAGGAAAGGAGUUUAUCACAACAUUUCUUCCUAACUCCUGGCAAAGUAAUGCCAACGGCCACAGGCUGGAGUUGGUUCUGACUGCUCAGGGCUCUGCAGCCAAUGUUCACAUACAGGUGGCUUCAGUGCGUUUCUCCCAGCGGGUGACCGUCCCAGCGGGCGAAAGCCGUCGUGUUUCUCUGCCAAAUGCGUACGACCUGCGAAAGCAGUUUGUUCGUGCGAACUCAGCUGUUCGAAUCUCAUCGAACGCUGCAAUCUCUGUGGUCUCCUUCAACCUUCGCUUCGCCACAGGAGAUGGCACGGUGGUUUUCCCAAAUGAAGAGCUGGGUACUGACUACUUUGUGUACACUCCCACUAGCGGCAGAAACAAGGUAUUGGCUAUCGUUAAUGGCAAUAGCCGCAACCAGAUCACAAUCACACCACGUACUCGUGCGUUACUAAAACCUGGAAUCAGGCGUGGGAGAGCAGUGACCAUCACCCUGGAACCCUACGCAUCCUACCUUGUACAAGAUAAACAAACUUUGACAGGCACUCGUGUUCAAUCCCAAAAGCCCGUCGCUGUCUUAGCAGGCCACCAGUGCCUGAGGCUGUGGCGUACGUGUGAACACGUGUAUGAACAGCUCCCUCCUGUGGCAAGCCUGGGUAAAGAAUACCUGGUACCCGCGACCGCCACCAAAAGCAUGAAGAGCUGGGCAGUGAUAGUAGCUGCUGAAGACAACACUGAGGUGAAACUGCUCAGCGGCCAACACUCAAGCAAACACACAAUAAAGAUGAAGAAAGCUGGGGACUUUACCUGGACCAAAGUGUUCUUCAAACAUCCACUGGUUGUCAAGAGCAACAAGAAAGUAUUGGUGCUGCUUCUCAGCAGCAACCAACCAAACGACCCUUUUCUGAUAACACUGACCCCUACAUACAAGCUUGCCACUGACUGGGCGGUGGAGACAAUUGCCGGACUUCCAAGUGUUGUUGCCAUUAUAUCAGAGAGGGAGGGGUCAGGCAGUGUGAAGGUGUGUCAGAAGGGACGGUGCUUUACACCUAACUGGAGUGGCUCCCUGUCUGAUAAGCGCUGGGUGUGGUCUAAUGUACCUGUGGGGUCACAGCAGAGUCAUGUGACAGUGGAAGGUGACGCCCAGAUGGCAGUCUACGUCUAUGGUGGGAAACACAGACAUGGAUACGGAACAGCUGGAGUUUGUUCUGAAGGUGCCACUCCGCCUCCACCCCCCCCGGAUCCUUGCGCAGAGGUGAAAUGUCGAGUAAAGGAACGUUGUGUGAAAGGAGCAUGCGUCCAUGUUUCCACAGCAACCUGCCAUGCGACGGGUGACCCCCACUACUUGACAUUUGAUGGCCGGCGCUACGACUUCCAGGGUUCCUGCACUUACAUUAUCACCACAGUUGCAAAGAAGGCACCUGACCUCGUACCUUUCACCGUGACGACCAAGAACAACCACCGAGGGAACCGUCGAGUUUCAUAUGUGAGGACCGUAACUGUCAGCGUUCACAAGGAGACCAUCGUCAUCGGCAGACACAGAGGACAAGUGCAGGUGAAUGGAGAGCUUCAGUACCUGCCUAUCACCCUGUCGGCCGGCCGGGUCUCUGUGAAGCGGAGCGGAUACUACGCUGUCCUCAGAACUGACUUUGGCCUGACUGUGAAAUAUGACUGGAACACGAGGCUGUACAUCACAGUGCCGUCCUCCUACUAUGAACACCUGGGCGGCCUCUGUGGGAACUACAAUGGAGACAGCAGAGAUGACCUCCCGGAACCAAAAGGCUCCUCUGUCUCUCUAGUGCUGAAGAUGAUCCAACAGUGGAAGGUGAAGGACCCUGAUCUGUUCUGUCAUGAUAACUGUGCUGGUCGCUGCCCCCACUGUUCACAACAGCAGCAGACCCACUUCCGUCAGCCCAGACUCUGUGGCGUUCUGACCGAGGCAAGUGGACCGUUUUCAGCCUGCCACAAGAAGGUCGACCCCGGCAUGUACCUGGACAACUGUGUCUAUGACAUCUGUGUCAACAAAGGUGCACGGCAGGUUCUCUGUGACAGCUUGAAGAGUUAUUAUGAUGCUUGUCUGACAGAAGGAGUGAAAGUCAACCCAGAGUGGAGACUAAUCACCAAAUGUUACCCUUCCUGUCCAGCAGGCAGCCACUAUGAGGCAUGUGGUUCAGCCUGCUCUGCCUCCUGUGUGUCCCUGGACAGUGAGAAGCAGUGUAAGGAGCCCUGUGUGGAGGGAUGUCAGUGUAACAAAGGACUGGUGCUGAGUGGAGACAGAUGUGUUCCUAAGUCUACCUGUGGAUGUCAAUAUCAGGGUAGAUAUUAUCCAUCAGCCACCACUUUUUGGGGUGAUAACACCUGCACCACCAGGUGUACAUGCUCUAAUGGAAAAGCCAAGUGUAAACCGUUUGCCUGUAAGAAGAGUGAGCACUGUGGCCUGAAGGGGGGGGUGAGGAACUGCUACCCAACAUCCUAUUCAACGUGCCAGGGCUCUGGAGACCCCCACUACCGAAGCUUCGACAACCGCUGGUUUGAUUUCCAGGGCACUUGUACUUAUGUCCUGUCUCAAUACAAGGGACCAGACCAGAGCCUGGUCCCAUUCCAGGUGCUGGUCCAGAAUGAGAACAGAGGCAGUAACAAGGCUGUGUCCUACACCAAGUCUGUCUCACUUACUGUAUUUGGUUACACCGUCAGCAUGAGUCGGGCCAGCCCUCGGAAAAUACUGGUAAACAGUCAGUUGGUGAACCUGCCUUACUCCACGGUAGAUGGCAGGCUGUCCUUGUUCCGGUGUGGCUACUUCGCUGUUGUGAGAACAGUUUUUGGUUUGACGCUCAAGUUCAACUGGAACAGCUACGUCAGCUUGACUUUGCCAAGUUCAUACUCUGCUGCAACUACUGGCUUGUGCGGAAAUUACAACGGAAAACCUGGUGAUGACUUACUGAAACCUGAUGGCACCCAGGCUGCACAGAUUAAUGCCUUUGGACACAGCUGGAAGGUAGGAGGAAACCCCGGCUGCACCAGUGACUGUGCUGGUGGUAAAUGUCCUGAGUGUGAGCCUGCUCUGCUGCUACGUUACCAGCAGGGGAGCUACUGUGGGAUCAUAUCUGACAAGAGUGGGCCCUUCAGACAGUGUCACAGUAAACUGGACCACAAGCCCUUCCUCAAAGACUGUGUGUUUGAUUUGUGUAUGUACCAAGGCCACGCCUCUGCCCUGUGCAACAGCCUAACAACUUUCAGCACUUCCUGUCAAAAUGCAGGAGCUAAAGUGGAGAGCUGGAGAACCGAACAGUUUUGUCCUCCAUCAUGUGGUGCAAACAGUCACUAUGAGGUGUGUGCCCAGCCCUGCCAGCUGACCUGCAGCGGCCUCACCCCCCCCGAGGGCUGUGACGACAGCAGCCCCUGCACAGAAGGCUGUGUGUGUGACGAUGGGUUCAUGCUGAGUGAUGACAAGUGUGUGCCUCUGGCAGAGUGUGGCUGUCAGUACGAAGGACAGUAUUAUCUAAAUGGACAGGUGUUCUAUCCAGGAAAGUCCUGUAACAGCCGUUGUGUCUGUUCAGACGGUGACGUUCAGUGUGAUCAUAAAUUCCAGUGUUCAGCCACUGAGAAGUGUGUUGUGAAAGAUGGUUCCUCCACCUGUUCUCCCAGAAGUGUCGGUUCCUGUUCUGUGAGCGGAGUCAGAGCAGUGCGGUCCUUCGAUGGACAGGCAUAUCCUCUGUGGGGGAACUGUCAGUUCAAGUUGUCAGAGGUGGAGGAGAAGGAGGGAGCGCUCACAGCCUUCGUCGUGCUGGUAGAGCAGCAAACUGAUAAGGAUGGUAAUGUCUACCGCAAUGUGGAGCUCCGGGUUUACGACAUUGAAAUCACUAUGGAGACCGGAGUUGUCUGGGAAGUCAAGGUCGAUGACGUCAGAGCCUCCUUACCUGCGAUACUGGCUGACGGAAAAGUGCAAGUCCAUCAAAAUGGCAUCAACAUUAUCAUUGAAACUGACUUUGGUCUGAAGCUGACCUAUGACACUGUGGCAGGCGUGGUCUUGCAAAUCCCAUCCACCUAUCGCAGCUCACCACGUGGUCUCUGUGGCAACUACAAUGGUGAUGUGUCUGAUGACCCGGCAUCAGCCAAUAAGAAGCCAGAGGAUGUGGCAGCAGCUUGGGUCAUUAAGACGGACAACAGCUCCUGUGAAACCGGCUGUGGAGCCAGUUCCUGCCCCGAGGAAAAUGAACAGAAUAAGCCCGAAGCCGAGAAGGCCUGUGACAUCAUCAAAGCCCAGAAGGGCCCAUUUGCAAACUGUCACUCAACAGUGCCCCCAACUCCUGACUACGAUGCCUGUGUCAGAGAGAUGUCCACGGACAAAGGAGGCAAACACAUCCUGUGUCGUCACAUCCAGAAUUAUGUCACCGCCUGUCAACUGGCUGGAGCCAAGAUCAGCAAAUGGAGGAGGGACGACUUCUGUCCUGUGACCUGUCCAUCAGGAAGUCACUAUGAGCUGUGCUCCUCCUCCUGCUCCUCCACCUGUUUCUCUCUGGAGCAGUCGGGGCCCUGCCCGGUCUGUCAGGAGGGCUGCCAGUGUGACGAAGGCCUCAUGUUUGAUGGAGUUCGCUGUGUCCCCGUGGAGAAAUGUGGCUGCGUAGUGGAGGGACAGUAUUAUAAGUCGGGUGCCUCGGUGUUGCCGGACGACUGCUCAGAGCGUUGUGUCUGCCAGGCCGGACAGUUCAGCUGCAAGUCCACCAGCUGCCAGGAGGGGGAGGAGUGUCGCAACAGGGACGGAACAAUUGGCUGCUACAAGAAAAACCCCUGUGCUGAGGUCAAGUGCAGGGUAAAGGAGCACUGUGAGGUGUCAGGAGACGAAGGAAAGUGUGUGCCUAACUCUAGGGCCUUGUGCUGGGUUUUUGGUGACCCUCACUACACCACGUUUGAUGGGUGGAGCUACUCAUUCCAGGGAACCUGCACCUACGUCCUGGUGAACACCACAGGUGUUGACGAAUCCCUGUCAGGGGUAACCGUGACCACCAAGAAUGAGCUGCGCGGAAACUCUGACGGCUCCUUUGUACGUUCAGUCACCAUGGAGAUGUUGGACCAUCGUAUAACCGUCCCCAGUAACGACAGAGGCAUCGUGUUGCUGGACGGCAUCAGGACACAACUCCCCCUUGUUCUUGAAGGAGGCAGCAUCUCCAUAACACAGUCCGGAAUCAGGGGAACACUCGAGACUGAUUUUGGCGUUGAGGUCACUUUUGAUUGGUCCACACUCGUCAUGGUGUCCAUCAGCAGCAGUUACUAUGGUAACGUCGCCGGGCUCUGCGGAAACUACAACGGCAACACAGAGGAUGAGCUGACGGCCGCCGGAGGCAGCACAGCUGUUAAUGUGACGGCAUGGGCGGGGACGUGGAGCGUGGCUGACGGCGACCCGUUCUGUUACCACCACUGUGAGGGGGUGUGUCCUCAGUGCUCUGAUGAGAACCGUAAAAGGUUCACUGGUCCAGACUUCUGUGGGAUCCUGAGUGAUAAGAAGGGGCCGUUCGCUGGCUGUCACGCUCAUGUGCCGGUAGCACAGUUUGUGUCAGACUGUCUGUAUGAUGUCUGCAUCCACGAAGGACGCCACGAAAUGUUGUGUGAUGCCCUGAGCAGUUACCUGGUAGAGUGCCAGGAAGCUGGAGUGUCCAUGUUGCCAUGGAGAGAAAAGGCCAACUGUCCUGUUGAGUGUCCCGCCCACAGCCACUACCAGGUGUGUGGCUCCGCCUGUCCAGCCAGCUGUGGCCCGCAGCCAGAGGUGUGCCAUAAGGCCUGUGUGGAGGGCUGUGUCUGUGACUCCGGAUACGUGCGCAGUGGAAACGAGUGUGUUAACAAGGAGAAGAGCUGUGGCUGUGACCACGACGGCCAUUACUACCUGCCAGGUGAGGAGUUCUGGGCCGACUCACAGUGCGAGCAGAGGUGUGUGUGCGUGGCAGCGACACAAAAGGUGCGAUGUGAGCAGACCAAGUGUCAAACCGGAGAGGCGUGCAGCAUCGUGGACGGAGUCAGAGACUGUUACCCAAUCAGCUUCAAGACCUGCUCUGCGCGCGGAGAUCCACACUUCACCACCUUCGACGGACGCAAGUUCGACUUCCAGGGCAACUGUGUUUACAAGCUGGCCGGUGUGUGUGGAGACACUAAAGGGCGGAACCACUUUGAGGUCAACCUGGAGAACAACAACCGUGGCAACAAGAGAGUGUCAUAUGCUAAAGUGGUGACUGUCAAAGUCUACGGCGUCACAUACACACUGUCAGUGGACUACCCAGGCAGAGUACUGGUGAACGGGCUUGAAAACUCUUUGCCGGUCUCAUACAAUCAGUCACUGGUCAAUGUUUAUCGCAGACACAGACAGGCUGUCAUAGAGACACACUUCCUUAAGGUCUCCUUUGACUUUGCGAGCGCAGUGAGGGUGGAGCUGGCGACUACUUACCACGAUGUGACCUGUGGCCUCUGUGGGAACUUCAACAGCGACCCGGCUGAUGAUCUGACGCUGCCCGGUGGGAAACUGGCGACCAACGCCAACGAGUUUGGAGUCAGUCAGUGGGUGGCCAACGUGGAGGGCUGCAGCCAUGAGUGUAAAGACUGUGCUCAGCCCCUCCCCCCUGACUUCAAACCGCCCAGCUACACAUCAGCCUGCGAUGUCAUAACGGCGAAGGACGGGCCCCUGGGUGACUGUGUGGGCCGAGUGGAUUCCAAGCAGUACCAUAAGGACUGCAUCUACGACAUGGUGCUCAAUGACGGUAAACAGGAAUCAGCCUGUGACAUCAUCAGUGACUACGUGGAGGAGUGUCAGAGAAGAGACGGCGACGUGAAGCCAUGGAGAACGAAGAAGUUCUGCUGGAUGCAGUGUCCAGCCAACAGUGCGUACAGUGUCGCAGCUCCUGGUUGUCCGGUCAGCUGCAACUCUCUGUCUUCACCUGCUCAGUGUAAAAUUCCACCCAGUGAGGGCUGCGUGUGUAACAAUGGUUACCUGUUGAAUCAGGAUCGCUGCGAGCCGCUGGGUGCGUGCGGCUGCAACUACAACGGUCAGUACUAUGCGCCUAGACAGAUGUUCUACGCUGACCCUGGCUGCCAGCACUUCUGCCUCUGUCAUGGAGGGCUGGUGACCUGCAGGAACAAACCCUGUCCCUGGCACCAGAAAUGUGGAGCGGUGAAGGGAGUGAGGGCUUGUGUCAGCAAAAUACCAUUCAUCCUCAUUCAUCAUGGAAGAGGAUAGAACCACAUAGACGUCUUCAUAUAUCUUCUUUUCAUUAAAUCUGUUUUUCAGGGAGAACAUAUCCAGAUAUGUUAUGUUUGUUGUGUUUGUUGUUAUUCAGGUACUAAAUGUUCACUUGUCAAAUCUUAUCUUAAAUCUUAUUUCAAAGCUUGUCUCCUAAUUAAAGGUCCCAUACAGUCUGAAGGUCUCUGUCCAUGUGUUUGAUUAUAAAGCAGGUCUAGGUUCUAUAUUAAUACUGUGAAAGUAUCAAAGCAUUCUGUAACUUUGUGAUGUCACAAAAAAGCAGUCACCAAGCCCUCAGUUUAUUCGGUUAGAUAGUUUAUUCUUAUAGAUAAUAAUGCAGUCUGAUUUCUCUGUUUGGAGCAGUCCGUCACUGUUGAACUGGACUGAGCACAUUGUCCACACAUUUAUAUCAGACUAGAGAGCAGAAACUCUUCCCUGUGUAAUGUUUCAUACAGUGCACGACUGUUGUAUGGUUUAGCUGGGUGUGCGUAGUACACCGCAACUGACUAGAGUAUGAAACAGUUGUAAUUCUGUCAUGUAACUUAGUAUCUUUCUAAAUGAAAUUAUAUUAUUUUAUUGUAUUCAUCACAGAAUCACCAGUUUUUUCUUCUCUGUUGUAACUGUGGAGGAUCAUAGUAACUUCCUGUUUCCUUUCCCUCACACAGACACAGUUCAUUCAGUAACCUGUAUAGUCCAUGUCAGUCUGUGCUAAUCAAGUAUUUGUAAUGAUCAUUAAAGGUGUUUCAGCAGCA